UUUGCUCGCUCUGCAACUCCAAACUCAGUGCAAAUUCUAACCUCCCAAUACAUUAUAUUUUACAUACAUAUUUCCAUCUUUGAUCACACAUUAGAUUCCUCGCUCCGAUUAGAAUAUCGUUCUUCUCAAACUCGUGACUUAAAAAAAAACAAGAUGGAUUCGGACGAAGAUGACUUCGUCUUCUACGGAACGCCGAUAGCUCGCGAGGAUGACGUCACCACCAGCCGGAAGAAGAAGUCCAUCGCCGAGGCCUCCGGUCAGCUUCGCACUCUCGCUCCCUGGAAGCAAGAGGUUAGAGAUGAAGAAGGGAGAAGAAGAUUUCAUGGAGCCUUUAGUGGAGGGUUUUCUGCUGGCUACUACAACACUGUUGGCUCGAAAGAGGGUUGGACACCGCAGACCUUUGUGUCGUCCCGUAAGAACAGAGCUGAAGUCAAACAGCAGGACAUUUUGAAUUUUCUGGAUGACGAUGAGAGAGCUGAAUUGGAAGGCCAAUCUUUGAAGACAUCUUCGCAGUUUGAUACAUUUGGAUUUACAGCCGCAGAUCAUGCUCGAAAACAUGCCGAAAAGGAACAGCAGAAAAGGCCAUCAGCUAUUCCUGGACCUGUUCCUGAUGAAUUGGUACUUCCAGCCACAGAUUCUAUAGGUGUAAAGUUGCUGCUAAAAAUGGGAUGGCGGCGUGGUCGAUCAAUUAAGGAUUCACAUGCUGAUGUAGCAUAUGAUGCUAGAAGGGAGGCUAGAAAAGCUUUCUUAGCAUUUUCUACUAAUGAUGCAAAAACACAGCAGGCUGACUUGGAGCCAAGCCUUGAUAAAUCUGAAUAUUAUACAGAGCAGCCUGCAAGUGAUGAUGUUCAAUCUUCACAAAGUACACCUGUUUAUGUACUCAACCCAAAGCAGGAUCUUCAUGGAUUAGGCUUUGAUCCUUUUAAGAAUGCUGCUGAGUUUAGGGAAAAGAAAAGGUCACGGAUAUCUGAGAAUAGGGGCCCAGGAAACAAAAGUGCUCUCUUAUUGAACAAUAAUCUUUUUGGCUUGAAGUCAGGAAAAUCUGCUCCUGGUUUUGGAAUCGGAGCACUUGAAGAUUUCGAUGCUGAAGAUGAGGAUGUGUACGGCUCUGGCUAUGACUUCGAGGAGACUUAUGUUGAUGAUGUUGAUGAGCCAAUGAAAUUGAUCAUGGAUAGUAAGCAAAAAUCUGUCCAAAAGGAACCAGGUGCUCUCUCUGGAUUUAAAAUCGCAUCAAAUACUGAUUACCAGCUUGAAAGAUUUGAUCCUCCUGUAGUUCCAAAGGAUUUUGUACCCCAUCAUAAAUUUUCUUCUCCUCCGGAGACUAGCUACAAGCUUGGAGAUCCUGGUCCCCCAGAAAUCCCGCCUCCUCAGGAUAAUAAUCUGAAACUUUUAAUUGAUGGGGUUGCAACUUUAGUAGCUCGAUGUGGCAAAUUAUUUGAGGAUCUCUCAAGAGAAAAGAAUCAAUCAAAUCCAAUGUUUAGUUUCCUUGUUGGAGGGCAUGGUCAUGAGUAUUAUGGAAGGAAGCUGUGGGAAGAGCUACAGAAGAGAGGAGAUCAAGCCAAGCUGCAAUUAGAUGGUAAAUUGUCUCCAAGAACACAGAAAAUGACAGCAGAGGGCCGUGGAAAAAUUUUAGGGGAAAAGCCUUUGGAGCGAAGCUCCAAAGACCUGAGUACAUCAAUUCCUUCUAAAGAUGCCAUUCAUCUACAGUACAAUCUUUCAGAUACAUUUACUGAUCCCUCAUCAUAUAGUGAGAUGCCAGUGGUCGCGAAACCCUUCAUGAAUGAUCCAGCAAAGCAAGAAAGAUUUGAGCAGUUUCUCAAGGACAAAUACCAAGGAGGGCUUCGAUCUACUGAGUCCGGUAGAGCUAGUCAUAUGUCAGAAGCAGCUCGAGCUCUUGAGAGAUUAGACUUUGAAGUUGCAGCCGAGGCAAUAAAAAAAGGGAAAUGGAGCAAAGAAAUUUCUACAUCACUUACUGGAGGGAUGGAAUUUACUUCUGGGGGAUUUGUGCAAGCUAAAGAUACUCAAGCUGAAGAUGUAAUCCCGAAGGAAGUCCAUGUCAAACGAACAGAAUAUCAGUGGCAUCCUUCACCUAUUCUAUGCAAGCGCUUUGAUCUGACUGAUCCUUAUAUGGGAAAGCCACCACCUGCUCCACGAUCAAGGAGUAAAAUUGACACCCUCAUUUUCACAUCCAAUUCGGGUAAAGAGACUAAAGAAGAAAAAACUAUAAUUGUAAAGAGAGACUCGUACCAAAUUUCUCAACCUGAGGCCCAAGGAACAAGUAAGGAUGUAGCUGACGAUGAAAGUGGUGGUGAGGUGGAAGUUGAAACUGUUGAAAGACCUGUCGACCUUUACAAGGCUAUCUUUUCUGAUGAUUCAGAUGAUGAAGAGGAUAUCUCCAUUCCUAAUGAAGUUGGUAAUCCGGAGAAGAAGGUUGAUGCAGCUAAUACAACAUUAAACCGUUUAAUUGCAGGUGACUUUUUGGAAUCUUUGGGUAAAGAACUUGGCUUAGAGGUUCCACAGGAGUUGCCUUCCUCAACAAACAAAGCCAUGAGUUCUGCUCCUCCCAAAGAAAAUGCCAGUGCCAAUUCAAGAAUUUACAAUACUUAUCCGGUUGAAGACAUACCUUCUUCCACUCUUAAUGUCCCUCACAGCCGGGAGAUCAUUCAAGAUCAUACAUCUGCAAACAAGGAACCUGUGAAUGGUAACUUCAUGGGUAACUCAGCAAGGAGUAAUAGCAAAUACUCCGAGAAUACCUUGGAGAAAGGACCUCUACAGGAUAGGAAAUUGAGAACACCCUCAAGGCGGCACAGAAGUUUGAGCAGCAGCUCAUCAUCAGAAGAGGAGAGGAGUAGAAAACGCUCCAGGCGUCGACAUAGACACAGUGAUUCAGAUAGUGUUUCCUCCAGUGAUCAUCGAGAUCGAUACCAUUCUAAGUCUAAAGGGAAAAAGAAAGGAAAAAAGAAAGGAUCCUCACGAGAAAAGAGCAGUAGUAGCAGAAGUCACUCAAAACAUCACAAGCGUAGAAGCAGACUCCCCUAGUAGAUAUGAUUAUUCCCCUGGGAAGGAACACUCAGAAACCAAGAGAGACGUGCACAGAAGGAGGGAUUGAACAUGGGUUCGCUUCUCGCCCUUGAAACUAUAGCUAUUAGAAAAGAUUCCAGUAGAAACAUCAUUUUGGUAGCAUCCUGUUCUGAAUCGAGGAAGCUUCGCUUUCUUGCUCAUUUUAAAGAAAAUUCAAAUUGAAAUUAGAUUGUACUUAAUCUCGAGGCUGAAUGCAUAUGCGUGAUCUAUAGUUUAAGAAGUGGAAUCUUAGACAAUUGAAGUGCUUGAAUGUAAUUUUGUCACGUAAUACAUGUACAGUUUUAGUUUUUUUUUUCUUUCAAUCACCAUUCAUUUUU